UUAUAUCAUUGUUUUCAGUUUUUGGCGGCCGUCUACAUGUUGAGAAGAUCGGUGUGUUUUUUUGUACAGAAGGUUUAUUCAUUCCCCCAGGAUGGUGAAGCUAACAGAUUACGAUAGCAUUGGCUUUGAUCUUGAUCACACUGUCAUACAAUACAAACUGGGAAACGUAUUUGAGCUUAUCUACAAGUGUAUAACAGAAUUCUUAGUGGAAGAGAAAGGCUAUGACGACUCUCUUUUACAAGGCUCACUGAGUGACUACAGUGAUUUUGUAAUGAGAGGACAUAUCUUUGAUAUAGAGAAGGGGAAUAUCCUUAAACUUGAUAAUCAUGGUGUAAUACUAAGAGCCUCUCAUGGGACUAACCACUUGAACAAGGAAGAGAUCAGAAGAAGUUAUGGAGAAAAGGCAAUGUUUCCUCUCUUUAAUGAUCUAAAGGAAAACAUGAUUGUACGACACAGACAUAUAGUAAAUUUUAGGACCUUUGAAAAUUUUUUUGAUAUCCCUGGAUCCCUGAUAGCUGCCAGACUUGUUGACAUUAUUGACAAGAAGCAUGGGAGACCCACUAAGUACACUUUCUGGCCAGACGUUAUGUCAGGGUUUAUUCUUAACUUCAGCCCAUCUUCAUUUUCUGAAAAGAAAGGAAAGUAUUUCCCAACAAUCACCCAAAAUCCAAGCAACUUCAUCAAGUUGUGUUCGCCUGAAGUUCUCAAGUGGAUAAAAAGCCUCAGCACUGAAAGAAGGAAGGUCUUCCUCCUGACAAAUUCUUAUAUUGAUUAUGCUGGCUUUCUACUGGAGUAUGCAGCUGGAAAUCAAUGGAAAGACUUGUUUGAUGUGGUCGUAUGCAAAGCUUCAAAACCAGGUUUCUUCGUACCAUAUGAUUCUGGAAUGAUUACGCCGUUUUAUGAAAUUGAGGAUGGUAAGGAAAUUCGGGCUGUCGACGAGCUUCACCUCGGAGGAAUCUACUCUCAGGGAAACAACAAGACUUUCAUGCAGCACAUUCGAAAAUGGAUCGGCAAAGCUAACCCAAGGGUUCUUUAUUUUGGCGACAGCGCCAAAUCAGACAUCUACCCAACGUUCAUGCUGGCUAGGUGGGAGUCUGCCGCUGUCCUGGAGGAGAUGGAGACAGAGGGAAUGGUUACGUUACACCCGCCACAGGGCUACGAGGAGAAUGGAGAACCCAAAAGAAAAAGAGCGAAGCUAGUGGACAUUGAAAUCGAAGAGGGUAAAGACGAAGUUUUACUCUCUAGGCAAUGGGGGUCCCUCUUCACUGACGAUGGGAUUGGCCCGGAUGUAGAUGGAAAUUCCCCGGAUGCUACUAAAGAGCCCUCAAAUAAUAAAAAGUCCCUGUAUGUGGAAAACAAGUUGUCGGAUGAAUGUAACGGUAUCCCGGGUCAAGAACAGUUCGCUGCCAAAGCAAAUGAUCCGAAAACAAAAACCAUAGCGCCGGAUAUUUUGGAUGCGGCGGUAGUCCAUAUGAAACACACGGAAGCCGCAAUGAGGGAGUUUGAGGCGAUCGACUCCACUGAAGUGCGAGAGAUGAACACCUUCUGGGGGGACAUGUUCCGUAGAUGCAGCACUAUCGCCAUCCCUACACUUGAUUUCAUUGCAAGUUUACCCGCUGACCAUGAGUUUGGCACGUUUGACGCGGUGCACUCUGGGUUCUAUCCUGGAGUACCCAAGUCUCUUCACAAGAACUAAACUCUCUCAAUCACCUGUUGGGAUCCCUGUGGGCUUUGGGUUUCGCGUCAUUAUGAAUCUUGCUGAAAAAAAAAAAUGACUAAGACUAAACUUCUUUUUAUCUAUUUUGAAUAUUUAUUUAUUUUUUUUUAAGUGUAAAAAUUUGUCAGAUUGUCCUGACCUUCUAGCCAUGAAAUCGAAAUGUACAUAUUUAUGCCAAUAAUACAAUAAAUAAUUUCCCAAAUUCC